ACUACCACUUCCGGGUCGUUUGGUUGGUACACACGUGUGUAGUCCGGGGAUAUGGGCAGAUAGGACGGCGAGGGCAGUAUAGGGGUGAUAAUCACGUGAUCCUUGUGGACCGGACUUUCUGAGGAGCCGGAAACAUGUGGACGGAUCUAGAUCUGAUCGGAACCAUCGAGGAGGAGGAUGAUGUCCCCGAGGAGCCAGAGUCUGAGGAGGAGGACGAGGAGCGGCCCAUUGUCCUUGGCAAAAAGAAGCAGAACGCUGCGAAACAAAGUGGAGACUUCAAUGCAGACUUUGUGUUUGGAGAGCGGGACGGCCAGGCCGAUGACAGCUGGGUGAUGGACGAUGUUAUGAAGCAGCUGAAGAAGAGAUCUGCCACCAGUCUGGACGAAAAAAUCGACACGGUUAGGAAGAGGAGGAAGAACCAGGAGAAAGAGGAGAAGGUUCCCGAAAAUUCUGAGAAAGAGGAGGAGGUAAAGAGUGAGGAUGAAGAGGAGAAGGGGCCUUCAGAAGAUGAGGAAAGUGAAGAAGAGUUCUCAUCAGAAGAAGAGACUGUGCUCACAAAAGCUGAUACGCUGAGAGUAAAGGAGAAGAAGAAGAAAAACGCAGGGAAGUCUGGGUUUUUUGAAGAUGCUUCUGAGUACGAUGAAAAUCUUACUUUCCAAGACAUGAAUCUGUCCCGUCCUCUGCUUAAGGCAAUAUCUGCCAUGAGUUUCUUACAACCAACCCCAAUCCAAAAGGCCUGCAUCCCUAUGGGGCUUAUGGGAAGAGACAUCUGUGCCUGUGCUGCUACCGGGACAGGGAAGACUGCUGCUUUUAUGCUUCCGGUUCUAGAGCGUCUGAUCUACAAGCCUCGGCAGGCUCCCAUAAGUCGUGUUCUAGUUCUGGUUCCAACUCGUGAGCUUGGCAUCCAGGUGCAUGCAGUCACCAGACAGCUUGCCCAGUUCACAGAGGUUACCUGCUGCCUUUCUGUGGGUGGUCUAGAUGUCAAAUCUCAGGAGGCCGCCUUACGGGCUGGACCUGAUAUUCUCAUUGCCACGCCUGGAAGACUCAUUGACCACCUGCACAACUGCCCCUCCUUCAGCCUGGAUGCUAUUGAGGUGCUGAUUCUGGAUGAGGCCGACCGAAUGCUGGAUGAAUACUUUGAAGAACAGAUGAAGGAGAUCAUCAGACUCUGCUCCCGUCAGCGCCAGACACUUCUUUUCUCAGCCACCAUGUCUGAGGAGGUUCAAGACUUGGCCUCUGUGUCCCUGAAAAAUCCUGUGCGCAUCUUUGUAAAUAGCAACACUGAUGUUGCCCCUUUCCUGCGCCAAGAAUUUGUUAGGAUCCGACCAAAUCGGGAGGGUGAUCGGGAAGCCAUCGCUUGUGCCCUUCUCACCCGCACCUUUCAGGACCAUGUCAUGCUGUUCACUCAGACCAAGAAACAAGCACAUCGCAUGCAUAUCCUCUUGGGGCUGAUGGGGCUACGAGUAGGAGAGCUUCAUGGAAACCUCUCCCAGGCACAGCGUCUAGAGUCUCUUCGACGAUUUAAAGACGAACAGAUUGACAUUCUGGUUGCUACAGAUGUGGCAGCUCGAGGGUUAGAUAUUCAUGGCGUAAAGACGGUAAUCAACCUCACCAUGCCUGCCACAGUGAAGCAUUACGUGCACAGAGUCGGCCGUACCGCCCGUGCUGGUAAAGCUGGUCGCUCUGUCUCACUUGUUGGGGAAGAAGAGCGGAAGAGUUUAAAGGAGAUUGUAAAAAAAGCUCAGGCCCCAGUAAAGGCCAGAAUUCUUCCACAAGAUGUAAUUUCUAAGUUUCGGGACAAGAUAACCAAGUUGGAAAAGGAAAUCUAUGCCGUGCUGCAGCUUGAGAAAGAGGAAAAGGAGAUGCAGAAAUCUGAGACGCAGAUCAGUUCAGCACAAAAGAAGUUAGAACCAGGGACUGAACCCGAAAAUAUGCAAAGAAGCUGGUUCCAGACUAGGGAAGAGAGGAAGAAAGAAAAACUGUCCCAUGCUCUUCAGGAGUUUGAUCUGGCUCUAAGAGGGAAAAAGAAGAGGAAGAAAUUCAUGGAACAGACUAAAAAGAAGGGAGAACUGACACCAGAGGAACGCUCUCAGUUUGAGGUGCUGAAAGCUCAGAUGUAUGCAGAGCGUUUAGCCAAGAGAGACCGCAAACCAAAGAGGGCCAGGGCCAUGCCACCUGAUGAGGAUCCUGCAGCUUCAGCCAAGCAUUCAAAAUCGAAGAAGCAGAAGAAAGCCACAGUGUUUGAUGAAGAGCUAACCAACACGAGUCAUAAGGCCUUGAAAAAGUACAGAGCCGGACCAUCAUUUGAGGACAGGAAGAAGCUGGGAAUUCAACGCAGGAAAGGCAAUUUUAAGUCAAAAUCUCGGUAUCGCAGGAAGUGAUUGUACCACCUGUCACACUCGCAGAGCAGCAUAGUCUAUGCUCACUUGUGCAAGGACUUUGUAAACCUGUAAAAUAUAAUAGUCCAGCAUGGGAUGGAUGGGGCCCGGAACAUCAUGUCUCCUGGUAGAAGACUAAUGGAUGUUGUUGAGGAUUGUGUUCUGUUGAUAAUUCUAUUAUAUAAAAUACAGUUUUAUAAUUAAUGCUCUA